UCUAUGAGAGCCGUGCACAUUUUACAGAGCAUUGGCACAGCUAGAGAGGCAGAAAGCCGUGUGUGUCGACCGUAGACUACUUUGAAACGCUUGAUCCGAUGCUUUUAUGUAUAAUGGAUUCAAGUGCUGUGGCAACACCAGAGCUAUUGAAGUAGAACCUGACACUUUUGUUAGAUAGAGCGGGACAAGGAGGGCCACUGAUAUCCAAGGACUAUUUUGCGUAUUUUUCACAUGCCAUAAGCUACUUUCUACUUACAGCCCAAUGUGCCAACAUGAAAAGGUUAAUGGAUAUAAUCAUGCCUGGACAGAUUUGACAUCGCUUUAAGCGUUCUAUUCCUACUAGCGGAGCUGGAAGGCUUGAUUAAGAUCACCUUCAAGAGAAUCCAAGUCCAUUUGCGUCGACCGGCGAGGUUUGCGUCGUAUCGUCGAGGGGGACAUUGGAGAGGUUGUCGAAGCAGUGCGAAGGUUUCUCCAAGUCGAAUCCCAUUCUGGACGAUGGUGUUUGACAAGGAGGAAAGUGUCUCCCUCGUGCCUCUCCAGUCCAAAGGGAAGCCGAGGGUCUGCGCCGGGUGCAACCGGAGGAUCAUGGACCGCUUUAUGCUCGAGGCUCUGGACAGGUACUGGCAUGAGGACUGUCUGAAGUGUGCCUGCUGUGACUGUCGCCUAGGUGACGUGGGCUCCACCCUAUACACCAGAGCCAACCUCAUCCUCUGUCACAAGGACUACCUGAGGCUCUUUGGGGUGACUGGGAACUGUGCAGCCUGCAGUAAAGUGAUCCCGGCCUUUGAGAUGGUGAUGAGAGCCAAGGAGAAUGUCUACCACUUGGACUGCUUCGCCUGCCAGCUCUGCAGCCAGAGAUUUUGUGUGGGCGACAAGUUUUUCCUGAAGAACAACAUGAUACUGUGCCAGCUGGACUACGAGGGGGGGCAUCAGAAUGGAAACUCUGAGAGGCAGGUUCUGUAGUCUCUACUGCUCUCUGCUGGUCAGAGACCAGCUAACUCCACUGGACACUAGUCCCCACUGGUAUCCCCUGGACAGUCCUCUUCUCAUCACAUCAGGGGUGUAUUCACUAGGAACCAAAUGGAAGAAAAUGGGACCUACAAUACAUGGCCAAAAGUAUGUGGAC